CAACCAAGCUGUUAUGUUAUCACUUGGGUUGGCCAAAAUCACACUGAUUUCAAUUCAAAUUUUCAAUGGCUCUCCGACUCUGUAAUCCCAAUCCGCUUCGCCAUUCUCUUCUCCCUCCAAUUUCACACAAACCUGCUACCACCACAACCAGAUUCUCAGUUCGGAGCUCCAUUUCCAUCCGGAACGAUUCUCGCAAGCUAGUUCUGGAAGUGAAAGAGAAGCUUGAGAAAGAUCAUCAUUAUCUUCCGGUUGGGAAAAAUGGAAGAGAUGAUGAAGAUAUGAUCCUCUGGUUCCUUAAAGACAGGAAGUUUUCUGUCGAAGAAACCGUGUUCAAAUUGUCCAAAGCUAUUAAAUGGCGUCAAGAAUUUGGAGUGUCCGAAUUGACUGAAGAUUCAGUAAAAAGAAUGGCUGAGACUGGAAAAGGAUACGUACAUGACUUUCUAGAUGUCAAUGAUAGACCAGUGCUCGUAGUGGUGGCAUCCAAGCAUAUUCCGUCUGUGAAUGAUACAGUUGAGAAUGAGAGGCUCUGUGUGUUUUUGGUUGAAAAAGCAUUGAGUAAACUACCACCAGGGAGAGAAGGCAUACUUGGCAUACUUGAUCUUCGGGGCUUCAGUACAGAGAAUGCAGAAAUAAGAUUCUUAACAUUUUUGUUUGAUGUAUUCUACUAUUAUUAUCCUAAACGACUGGGUCAAGUUCUCUUCGUGGAUGCUCCAUUUGUGUUCCAGCCAAUCUGGCAGCUUACAAAACCCUUACUCAAAUCAUAUUCAUCUCUGGUGAGAUUUUGUUCUGUGGAGACUGUGCGAAAGGAGUAUUUCACAGAAGAAACAUUGCCGCCUAGCUUCAGAGCUGAGUAACAUUACUAUAUAUGACAUGGUAUACUACUGUAGUAACUUAAUAAAAGAAGAGCUUCGGAUAUUUGAAAUAUUUGUUUCGGAUGGACCAAAAUUUGGAUUAGGUCAGUGGAGUAAUCAAGCUUCUUACAGAUUAAAUAGGACCCUCUCUUCUAGAGAGGAAUACCCAUUUAGUCAUUAUAGAUACUUAGGAGAAUCUCCAUAUUCUGGAAUUGGAGAAAAGUUGACACAAGAUUUAUAUUUCAGAAUGACAAAACAAGUGCUCUUGUUUUCUAUAGUUUCUUUUCUCGGCAAAAUAAAUAAAUACUCUUAUUUUUUGGUA